CGCAGAUAUCUGCUCAUUCUCAGGCACCAGCAGUGACCUGUUUUCAUAACGUUGGUCGCAUUAAUUGUAUCCAUUACGGUAUUUAACGGAUGACUUCGAAACAGAUUAACCAGAGCAGACUGUAGGCUGUCUUUCAGUGAAAGUCCACUCUAUGUAAAUGUAUUUCUAUGUGCGCUCAGCCGAACUUGUCAUCGGGGUCAAACAGCCGUCAUAACGUUUUCAGGAAGCAGCAGAGAGGGGGAGUCCACCAGACAAUUGUUGUUCUUGUCGCUUCCUGCGUAUCCUCUCCUUGUCUGACAGUCUGGUCAGCCGACCAGCGGAGCGUUUUUUCGGCGUAGGUUGAAGUCUCUUCACCGGCGGAUGAAUGGCAAUGACUGCAGCGAGAGCGGUGGCAGCGGGGGGCCCGGCGUCUUUGUCCCGGUUUAGGGGAGCGCUGGUCGCCGCUGUGCUGGGAGAUUGUGUCGGGGGAGAGUUUGAAGGAGCGGAGGAGGUUCCCAUGGAGAGUGUGCUGCAGCAUCUGAGCAGCCUGGACGACGAGACCAAAGGGAAUGGUAUUCUCGAGUACAGUGACGACACGGCAAUGGCGCGUUGUGUGGUCCAGUCUCUACUCACCCGAACCGGCUUUGACGAGCAGGACAUGGCUCGCAGGUUUGCCAAGGAGUACAGUACGUCCCCAGGUCGUGGUUAUGGUUCUGGAGUGAUCCAGGUGUUGAAGAAGCUGUCCUCUCCUCAGCUCAGUGAUGUGUUCCAGCCAGCCAGGGACCAGUUCAAUGGUCGAGGCUCCUUUGGGAACGGAGGAGCCAUGAGGGCGGCCCCCUUCGCACUGGCUUUUCCCGAUCCUGUUGAUGUUAAAAGGUUCGCCCGUCUGGGUGCCAUGCUGACCCACUCCUGCUCUCUGGGUUAUAAUGGGGCAGUGCUGCAGGCAUUAGCUGUGCACCUCUCCCUGCAAGGGGCGUUAGACCUGCCCCAGCAGUUCAUCAGCAGGCUAAUUACAGAGAUGGAGGAAGUUGAGGGCGACGAGGCUGCACGCAACGAUGCCAGAAUCCUAAAGGAAGCAGAGAAACCGUUCUGUGAGCGCCUCCAUAGAGUGAGAGACCUGAUGGACAGGAGCAAGGUCAGCAUAGAGGAAGUCAUUUCUGAACUGGGUAAUGGCAUUGCGGCGCUCCACUCAGUCCCCACUGCCAUCUUCUGCGUCCUCCACUGCCUGCAGCCCAGAGAAUGUCUUCCAGAGAGCUACGGCGGCCUGGAGAGGACAAUAGCAUACAGCCUGGCCCUGGGAGGGGACACAGACACCAUAGCCUGCAUGGCAGGGGCCAUCGCUGGGGCCCACUAUGGCAUCGAGGCUAUUCCUCAGAUGUGGAUAAAGUGCUGCGAGGGUGCAGAGGAUGCAGACAUGAACGCAGAGCGGCUUCACAUGCUGUACCACCAGUCAUCACAGGGAGGCAGCAGUGGGACAGGGGAGCAGAGCAGCGAAGACGCAUCUGAAAAGCGGUCAAAUGCUUCUAACGGCACAGAGAAGAAAACUGGGGAUUAGCGAGUCUUCAACUGGAGUUUGGCGAAAGGACUCUUGAAUACACACACAUACAAAUUACACACUUGCACCAAGUAAAUACCGUUUUGUUUUUCGGGCUGUAUCUGAGAAGCUAUUUCAACACUGCAACAUUAUUGUACUCGUCAAAACAGCUCAUUAUUUUCUGAGACCCUCCAAGCAAAAACAUAAAAAAGCUGAAUUUGUUAGGUGACAGAAAAAUGAAGCGGAAUGAACCAGAGGCACCAAGUGUAAUGAGACAGAUUAUAUUGACUGUGUGAUAAAUUUGGUCUGUGUAUUCGUACACACACACACCUCUCUCCCCUCUCCGCUCUUUCCAAUUUUGUGUUGAACAAUCCUUUGUCAUGUGAAAGCUGCACUAUGAAUUGGCCAUGUCUUGUUUUAUCCUUUUGGUGGAUAAAAAUUAUUUAAUAAACUUUUUUUUUUUAA